ACCAUACAAAGGGAUGGACAGAUCUUUCUGCAUAAGAAUGAAGUCUACACUCACGAAGCGUGGGUGCCAUUUUAAAAGUUCAGGCUAUAGGGUAGUGUUGGUCCUGUCUCACAUGAGACCUCAGUACAAUUUCUCCGGUCGCAAGCAACAGGGGGCUGGGGCAGGGCCACAAACUGUUAUGGGCAUGGUGGCCAUGGCCAUCGCCUUGCCGCCCCCUUCCAUCAACGAGGUGAGACUAGAGAGUGAUAUGUUUGUGACCAGGCUGACAUUCGAAUUCAGGAUUGCACAUUGCGAACCGAG